UAUGGUGCGGUCGCCAUGGGAACGCGGCGGACCCGGGCGCGGUGCGAUGGCGGCGGCGGGCGGCGGCAGCCAGGGGAACGGGGGCCCGGGCCCAUCCCCGGGAGUCCCUCCGGGCGAGAAGGCGGCCGUCGCCGCGGCCCCCCCGGACCGUCCCCCUGCCCCCGCCGGACCCGAGCUGCGGAAAAAGCGCAGGCGAGUGCGGGGCCACAGCGCCCCGGAGCAUCCCCGGCAGCUGGAGCCCAUCCAGCCGCUCCCGGAGGCGCCUCCCGCUGCCUCACUUGCCCUCGGUCCCGGCCCCAGGCCAGCCGUGCCCCGGCCCCGCUGCUCCCCGUGGGACAGUGCCCAGCCGGUGCCCGGUGCUCCCCAGUCCUCGGGAGCCAGUCGGGGUCCCGGUGACCCAAAAUAAAUAGUGUUCCCCUGGAAUUGCCCCAACGAUCCCCUGAGUAACACAGGCAGGCACGGCUCCGUGCCCAGGACCAGCCUGCCCGUCUCCUUAGGGCUGUACCGAACCGGGGCCGGCUCGGUCAGACCGCCCGGUGUGCUCUGUGGUAAUGGGGGAUAGGGGCUGUGUCCCCUCUCUGUCCUUGGCCCGGUGCCUCGCUGAGCUGCUGUCAUCUCCUCUCUA